AAAAUAUGAAUUUUUAUGUGAAUUAAUUGAAAAAAAUCAAUUUGCAUUGACUUUGUACACAAAAUCACGUUUUGGAGCGGUUUUGAGGCUGACAUGCGUGUAUAAAAUGUUGCGUAGCGUCGUAACGGUAUGUCCGAUUUUCGUGAAAAUGGUCUUAAAAGUUACGAGAGACUUGAAAGAAAAAAGUCAGUGGGCUGCGUGACCAGAAAUUUUCGCGCGGCGAAAUGAUCGCGAAAUUUGUCGAGGGGGAGGGGGCCUCGGAGGGCCCCCCCCCCGGCCUAGUUAGGGUUAAAUUUUAGUUAAUAACAUUAACAUUUUUACAAGUCAUCUUUCAAAAAAAAUCUGCUCUUAAACAAAGAAUAACAGAGCCGACCUGAUGGGUAUUUUGAAAUCUUACCAAAUAUAAACUUCUGAUUGUAAUUGCACAGUGAGAUGUAACUAGCAAAUUUAGUUGUUAAUAACAUUUCUUUUGUCUUCUAUAUUGUUUAUUUAUUUAAUUUUUUUCAAUUUUUUUUCUCUCUUUUCAGCACUGGAUAAACUGCAACAGAGCAGAGACCAACUCUUGAACAUCCAGCUUGAGGAUGGUACAGAGGUAGAAGCUGAUGUAUUUCCAUAUUUAUCAAAUUCGGAACCUCUACAUUUUACCUUUGCCACUGAAAAUAGAAGCCCGAGCCCAAACUUUUCAUAUAGGUAAGGAUAAUUUUAUUUUUAACCUCAUCUAGCAUUUUUAUGGGGAAACUGAUUCAUUGUAAUGCCCCUCGUCAUUGAUGACGGGCAAUAUUAUUUCGCCCAUGCGCAUUUUGUUGACACAGGCACUAUCCUGCACUAAAAAGAAAUCACACAAAUUGGUCUUCAUGUAUUGUGACAUCAUAAUGCCAAUUUGAUAGUGCUUUCAACUAUUUCAAUAUGAUGAGCUGCUGACAGGGGCUGAACUAAAGUUUUGAUUUGAAUAAUUGAAAAUAUAUAAUUUAAGAUAUUCUAAUGUAUUGGUAUUUUAUCAAUGUUCCCAUAAAGAUUACAAGAAUUACCAGAAAACAUCGAAGAAGAUUAUAAAAAAGGACUCAUUGUAAAACUCCAACUGUUUUCUUGCGAAUCUUGUAAUUUAUUUGAAUUUUUUUUCUAAAUGUAUAAUUUCACCCCGCCCCCCCCAAAAAAAUAUUCCAAUAUCCGUCCAGACAUGGGAAAUUUGGUAAGGGAAAUUUUGUAGCAAAAGAGUUCAGAUUGACAUGGCACAAGCCCUCAUGGUGUGUACAAUGGUAGUCUCCUUUGGAGCACAGGUCCAGAAAUGUAAUUUAUAGCUAUUGCAAAUGCAAAACUUGUUGUUUUCUCUUUAUACUUUAUUAAUGUAAAAAGGAAUUUGCGUGAAAAAUUGCCUGCCAAGGUGGGACUCGAACUUGCGCAGUAAAAUCGAUCGUCGUGUGAGUGCUCUGUGCCUAGACCGCUCGACCACGUGGCCGAAUGACGAUCUAAACCUUAACCUAAUGUCGCUACCAAUUAUAUUAUUGAUGUGACGUGAUAUUCUAAAGACAAGUUCAAUUUGCAUUGACUUUGUACACAAAAUCACGUUUUGGAGCGGUUUUGAGGCUGACAUGCGUGUAUAAAAUGUUGCGUAGCAUCGUAACGGUAUGUCCGAUUUUCGUGAAAAUGGUCUUAAAAGUUGCGGGAGACUUGAAAGAAAAAAGUCAGUGGGCCGCAUGACCAGAAAUUUUCGCGCGGCGAAAUGAUCGCAAAAUUUGUCGAGGGGGAGGGGGCCUCGGAGGGCCCCCCCCCGGCCUAGUUAGGGUUAAAUUUUAGUUAAUAACAUUAACAUUUUUACAAGUCAUCUUUCAAAAAAAAUCUGCUCUUAAACAAAGAAUAACAGAGCCGACCUGAUGGGUAUUUUGAAAUCUUACCAAAUAUAAACUUCUGAUUGUAAUUGCACAGUGAGAUGUAACUAGCAAAUUUAGUUGUUAAUAACAUUUCUUUUGUCUUCUAUAUUGUUUAUUUAUUUAAUUUUUUUCAAUUUUUUUUCCUCUCUUUUCAGCACUGGAUAAACUGCAACAGAGCAGAGACCAACUCUUGAACAUCCAGCUUGAGGAUGGUACAGAGGUAGAAGCUGAUGUAUUUCCAUAUUUAUCAAAUUCGGAACCUCUACAUUUUACCUUUGCCACUGAAAAUAGAAGCCCGAGCCCAAACUUUUCAUAUAGCAGUCCUAGCAUGAGCCCAGGCUUGCCAGAUGACGACUUCUCUAGCGUUGAUGACAUUCAACAUGACUGCGAUUAUUCUGCUGACUUCUCUCCACAUCACUCUUCACCGAUAUCAACAAAGAUACCAAACCUUGAGAAACCAACGUCACCGAUACCCUCCACAUCAAUGUCCAACUUGACAUCAAAGGACUCUAAUAGCUCAGGUGGAAAUCAACUGGACACCAAGAAAAUAAUAAAACAAGCAACACUCAACAGAUAUAUUCCUGGAGCAUCUCCUCCUACAGCAUCUCCACCACCUACCACUUCACAUCAUAGAGACCGGGCACGCAUUUUGUCAGAGGAUGGAAGAAAUUCACAGUACAAGGCUGUGAAUGAUGCCUGUCAGGCCAUAUUUGACAAAAAUCCAGAAAUUCUGUAUCAAAAUGGAGGAAAAGGGAAGUUGUUGGAAAUGGGAAGGGCUGAGGUGGAAAAUUCUUAUGAAUUUAGGAAAGGGUACAGUCAGGGCAAGAGGGGGAAGAAGCAAAAUAUUAAGUCGCCUGAAAUGAGACAGUGGAAUGUCAUCACAAUUUGGUUCUUGGAGGCAUGAAUGGUGAUACAUGUACAUUCAAUAAAAACAAGAUCUGGUAUAACAAAAAACAAGAACUAAUCAUGUACAUGAACUACAUUUAUGUACUUUUUGAAAAUGCAGGAAUUUGGGUUCAUGUUGUUCCCAUAUAGCAUGCAGCCAUUGAGUCACAUUUGGUGAUUUUAAGAAACUGGUUUCUAUACCAUAGCUAUAUCCUUUUCUUGGUGUUACUUUGAAAAGAAAUUGAUUCUAUGGCAAUCAUGGGGGGUUCUUCGGGAGAGGGCACUUACUUUUGAUGUUGAAUUUAAUACUACAUAAUUAUAUUGCACCUAUACCUUUUUUGUGUACCAGUUCUUGUAAGUUUACAAGUAAAAGUUCUUGAUAGAUUCAUUAGAUUGAAAGCAUUUUCUCAUAAAUAGUCAAAUUAACUGCCACAAAAAGAUGUUGAGACUCUUCAAAAUUUAAUCUAGAAACCAUGCUGCAUUUGAUAUAAAAACAUUUCAUUCGCAUAAUGUGGUAAUACCUUGUCUAAGUCGACCUCGCAUAAGUCAAAUAAUCGCCUAAGUCGAAGGUCUUUUCAAGUCCUCUUCUCUUUACAUUCUAUUGUUUUUACCCCUCAUAACUUGAAUUCUCUCUAAGUCAAAGCUAUUUCUUCAGUCCCAACAGAUUCGACUUAGGCAAGGUUGACUCAACAUUUCGGUGCUUCAAAAAGCACGGUAAAGGUUGUUUUAAGGAAAUUAUGCUAAUUAACUGAACAAAGUGCAAUUUCAAAAAUGGUUUAUAAUUAAGCUACUCACAUGCUGCUUUUUAAGGGCUCAUUGCCCCAUGACAAUUUGUGAGUGUUGGCAUGUGAUCAGUACAGUUGUGUUUUAUUGAAAAGAUGGGCACAU